CGCGAAACCUGGUUGUGGCAGUAAUACCGGAGAGUAGCGCGGCGCUGUGAUGGCGGAAUCAUCCGAGUCCUUCACUGUGGUGUCUAGCCCAGCCCGAAAUCGCAGAGGCACUGACCCUCUCAUUUCCAGCCCGGGCCGAAGCUCCCGGCGCACUGAUGCCUUGACCUCCAGCCCUGGCCGAGACCUUCCUCCCUUUGAGGAUGAGUCUGAGGGGCUACUGGGCACAGAGGGGCCUCUGGAGGAAGAGGAAGAGGAUGGAGAAGAUCUUAUUGGAGAAGGCAUGGAGAGAGACUACCGUGCCAUCCCAGAAAUAGACACCUACGAGGCCGAGGGAUUGGCUCCAGAUGACGAGGAUGUGGAGGAGUUGACUGCCAGUCAGAGAGAGGCUGCAGAACGGGUCAUGAGGCAGCGGGACCGGGAGUCUGGCCGUGGUCUGGGCCGCAUGCAUCGCGGGCUGCUAUAUGACAGUGACGAAGAGGAUGAGGAGCGCCCCACUCGGAAACGCCGCCUGGUGGAGCGGGCCACAGAGGAUGGUGAGGAAGAUGAGGAAAUGAUCGAGAGCAUUGAGAACCUGGAGGACCUGAAGGGCCACUCUGUGCGUGAGUGGGUGAGCAUGGCUGGCCCCCGACUGGAGAUCCACCACCGGUUCAAGAACUUCCUGCGUACCCACGUGGACGGGCAUGGCCACAAUGUCUUCAAGGAGCGCAUCAGUGACAUGUGCAAAGAGAACCGUGAGAGCCUAGUGGUGAACUAUGAGGACCUAGCAGCUAGGGAGCAUGUUCUGGCGUACUUCCUGCCAGAAGCACCAGCAGAGCUAUUGCAGAUCUUUGAUGAGGCUGCCCUAGAGGUGGUGUUGGCCAUGUACCCCAAGUAUGACCGAAUCGCCAGCCACAUCCACGUCCGCAUCUCCCAUCUGCCUCUGGUGGAAGAACUGCGCUCACUGAGGCAGUUGCACCUGAACCAGCUGAUCCGUACCAGUGGAGUGGUGACCAGCUGCACAGGCGUCCUGCCCCAGCUCAGCCUGGUCAAGUACAACUGCAACAAGUGUAACUUUGUCCUGGGACCCUUCUGCCAGUCACAGAACCAAGAGGUGAAGCCAGGUUCCUGUCCCGAGUGCCAGUCAGCCGGCCCCUUUGAAGUCAACAUGGAAGAGACAAUCUAUCAGAACUACCAACGCAUCCGAAUUCAGGAGAGUCCAGGCAAGGUGGCAGCCGGUCGGCUGCCCCGCUCUAAGGAUGCCAUUCUCCUUGCCGAUCUGGUGGAUAGCUGCAAACCAGGAGACGAGAUAGAGCUAACUGGCAUCUAUCACAACAACUACGACGGCUCCCUCAACACUGCCCAUGGCUUCCCUGUCUUUGCCACUGUCAUCCUGGCCAACCAUGUGGCUAAGAAAGACAAUAAAGUGGCUGUAGGGGAACUGACUGAUGAGGAUGUGAAAAUGAUCACCAGCCUUUCCAGGGAUCAGCAGAUUGGAGAGAAGAUCUUUGCCAGUAUUGCUCCUUCCAUCUAUGGGCAUGAAGACAUCAAGAGAGGCCUGGCUCUGGCUCUGUUUGGAGGAGAGGCCAAAAACCCAGGUGGUAAGCACAAGGUGCGAGGUGAUAUCAAUGUGCUACUGUGUGGAGAUCCUGGCACAGCUAAGUCUCAGUUCCUCAAAUAUAUUGAGAAAGUCUCAAGCCGAGCCAUCUUCACCACUGGCCAGGGGGCUUCAGCAGUAGGCCUCACAGCAUAUGUUCAGCGGCAUCCUGUCAGCAGGGAAUGGACCUUAGAAGCUGGAGCCCUGGUUCUGGCUGACCGAGGAGUGUGUCUCAUUGAUGAGUUUGACAAGAUGAAUGACCAGGACAGAACCAGCAUCCAUGAGGCUAUGGAACAACAAAGCAUCUCCAUUUCAAAGGCUGGUAUUGUCACCUCCCUGCAGGCUCGCUGCACCGUCAUUGCUGCUGCCAACCCCAUAGGAGGGCGCUACGAUCCCUCCCUCACCUUCUCAGAAAACGUGGACCUCACGGAGCCCAUCAUCUCACGCUUCGACAUCCUGUGUGUGGUGAGGGACAUAGUGGAUCCAGUCCAGGACGAGAUGCUGGCUCGCUUUGUGGUAGGCAGCCAUGUCAGACACCACCCAAGCAAUAAGGAAGAGGAGGGGCUGGUUAAUGGCAAUGCCACAGAGCCUGCCAUGCCCAACACAUACGGAGUGGAGCCUCUACCCCAGGAGGUCCUGAAGAAGUACAUCAUCUAUGCCAAGGAGAAGGUCCACCCAAAGCUCAACCAGAUGGAUCAGGACAAGGUGGCCAAGAUGUAUAGUGAUCUGAGGAAAGAAUCUAUGGCAACAGGCAGUAUCCCCAUUACGGUGCGGCAUAUUGAGUCUAUGAUCCGCAUGGCAGAGGCCCAUGCACGUAUCCAUCUGCGGGACUACGUGAUAGAGGAUGAUGUCAACAUGGCCAUUCGUGUGAUGCUGGAGAGCUUCAUCGACACACAAAAGUUCAGUGUCAUGCGUAGCAUGCGUAAGACUUUUGCCCGUUAUCUUUCAUUCCGGCGUGAUAACAAUGAACUGUUACUCUUCAUAUUGAAGCAGUUAGUGGCAGAACAGGUGACAUAUCAACGCAACCGCUUUGGGGCCCAGCAGGACACUAUUGAAGUGCCUGAAAAGGAUUUGGUGGACAAGGCUCGUCAGAUCAACAUCCACAACCUCUCAGCAUUUUAUGACAGUGAACUCUUUAGGAUGAACAAGUUCAGCCAUGACCUGAAACGGAAAAUGAUCCUUCAGCAAUUCUAG